ACUUCAAGAUAAACCUAGGAAUAACCAAACGUUUUUUUAUGUUUGUUAGAAUUAUUAUUUUAAAUGAAAUAAAUUUUUUGGGAAACAUGGAUUCGGAAAUUUAUGAUAGUGAAUAUUACCAUGAGGUGAAACUUUUAUUAACAUAUUUUGGUUUAUGGCCCAACCUUAGCCGAUUUAGAAAAGUCGUAUCAUUUAUCGCCAUGGUAGCAAUGCCUAUUUCAUUAGUGAUUCCAAUGUCAUUUGGGCUGAAAAGAGCCAUCAGAUUGAAAGAACCUAUUCAGAUUAUAGAAGAUACAAUAGGUAUAUUAUACUUCCUCGCUAUUACGACCAAAUAUAUUUGUAUCUUCAUUUUCGAGGGUCGAAUGAUAGUAGUUUAUGAACAAAUUGCUUCUGAUUGGAAAAAAAUAAAAGAUAAGAAUGAGUUAGAAUACUUACAUGGAAGAGCUAAGGAAGGAAAAAUAAUAACAAUACUUUACCUUGGUUAUGGAGCAGUAGGAUGCACAAUAUUUGCAUCAACACCAUAUCUACCGCUUUUUUUAGAUUUGGUUAUUCCAUUAAAUGUAAGCCGCGACAAAAUUUAUCCUUACUAUGCAGACUAUGUCAUCGUCGACUCAGAAAAAUAUUUUUAUACAUUAUAUACUUUACACGGAAUAUUUAUUAUCAUACUCGUAACCAUGUCAGCAAUUUCAAUUGAUUGCCUGUUCAUAAUGAUGGUAAAACAUAGUGUCGGGCUUUUUCAAAUUGUCUGUUACAGAUUAAAAAAAAUUGGAGAAGAACACAACGAGAAACCACACGAAUGCAAAAGACUAAUGGAUGAUAAAAUAAUUCACACUCGUAUGAAAGAGAUCUUCGAUAGUCACAAGUCAUCAAUAGAAUGCGUGGAUGCUAUCCAAGCGUCUUUUGAUGUUAGCUUUUUAUUUAUAAUGACUAUGUCAGGCGUUGGUGUGUCAUUAAUUUUAUUUGAUCUGUUACUCAACUUAGAUGAUUUGACACAAAUACUUCGAAUAAAUAGUAUGAUGUUUGGCGUUUAUAUAGCUGUAUUUGUUAUAUGCUAUGCAGCUCAGAUGACAUUGAACAGUAGUGAAAUAGUUUUCAACGAUACGUAUUGUGGAUAUUGGUAUAACAUAUCGCCGAACGCUCGCAAAUACACACAAAUGGUAAUGGUGAGAAGUAUGAAACCUUGUAUCAUUACUGCCGGUGGACUCAUUAAUAUGAAUUUGCAAUCUUUCUUUGCGAUUCUGAAAACCUCAGUAUCAUAUGCUACUGUGAUGCUUUCAAUGCAAGAGGAGUCAAACAUGCAAAAUUAGAUCUAUUUAAACAUUUGAAUUGUCCGUUAUGAUCUUAUUACUGCUUUUCAUCACGUCGUCAUCGAUUUGCUUCACUAUUGAUUUUUAAAUUCAUCCUCGAUUUUCACUAUUGAAUUUAACACUCAUGAGGAAUAUUUGAAUAUUGAACAGUUUAUGUAUGUGAUGAAAUUUUUAACUUCUUAUAUAGUUAAAACAAUUAUUUGAUUGUGUAAACUCGUUUGAUACGAGUAGAAUUGCUUACACGAAAACGAUUAUAGUAGCUAUACGUUUGCGCUUUCUUGUUAGAUGAAUUCAGCAUACGCUAUUCACCAAACUUUGUGCUUCUCUUUUUAUUAAACUCAAUCUUUAUACAUGUUAA